AUGGAUUCGAGGGACCAGGUCCCAAAUCUCGCGAGCGUUCUACAGACACUCUCAUAUUUUGUUCCACCCCAGGCAGACCAGAGUUCUGCGCCCAUACACGAGCCUGACGGCCGUCCAAGCCCAGAUGAUAGUUAUGACCCUUUGAAUUUUUCGCCGCUGAACUUGCCUGGCGAGGUUGAUACUUCGGCUGCGAGACUGGUCAAGGGACAUUACGAUCGAUCCCUGCCUAGCGUUGGUCCCGAGAAUAUUUUGCCUGAUCCCAGGACAAUUACGGCAUGGCCGACGGCUUUGAAGUAUGUGAUGAAAGCUGUCUCGCAUAAUGAGACUCUUCAGUCUAGGAUUAGACGACUCAUUCGGAGCCAGCAUGACCAUGAGAAAAAGUGGUGGGAGGCACGGGAAGCAUUGAUUUCAAAACAGACGAGUAGGGCAGAUAAGAAAAAGAAGCUUGAUGAAGUCUUGCGGUCGGUUGGUGGUGCAAUUACAACGGGACCGGAAAUAAAUACCCCAGAAGAUGACGCAGCUGAAAUACAAACCUACGAUGCGAAGGUAUACAAAGCGAUGUCCGACAUGUCGCGAGCUCUAGACGUGGAAUUACGAGAACUAGGUAUUCCAUUUUUUGUCAUUAGGAAUGAUAUCAUCGAUCAGAACUCGGCGCCAGACGGUAGCGGCGCCCCCGAGAAUCCAUCUUCCGCAGGUGCGGAUAAGAAUGGAAGUAUAUCUCUUUCGGAGCUGCAAGUGCUUCGACAACGCAUGCUAGAUUUACUAGAGGACCUCUGCAAGGAGUAA